UACGUUUCCGCCUAAUUUGCAUACUGAAGUUUGCAGAUCAUUAUGAAAAAUGGCUCAUGCAUUUCUAGAAACGUUCACAGUUGGAAUGGACAGUCAGACUGCGGUAGCAGUGCAGUCAUUGUUAGAGUCCCAAACUUUACCAGAGCCUAUACAGGCCACAGGAGAAGAAGAGGAUGUUUUUCAAUGUGGGAAGUGUAAAAGACAGUUUACUACACUGGGAGCCUUCAUCAAUCAUAAACAAUCUAGAUGUGUACUACAGAGACAACUUAGUGCAAGCCAGAAUGUUAUUAACCACAGCUCAUUACUACAAGCAGUCAAUAGAGCUCCACAACUCAUGCAGGCUCCAUUCUCACAAGCUGCUACACUGCCUGCUUAUGCCACUGUGUCCCAAUCCCCCCUUACACAGAACAUGGUGUUAACUGAUGAACUUAUGUCAUUUGCCAGUGUUGACCAGACCCUAGGAGCAUCUACAAUACAACUUCAACAAGGUGCAGCACUACAAGCAAGUGGACCACUCUUGUCACAAGUUGGACCCUUUAACACACGGACCUCUAAUGUUACAAUAUUGAAUGCCAUCAAUACCACAUCCACACUACCUUCUACCUCUGCCUUUACAAGUACUGUAACAGCCAAUCAGGUUCCACUACAGAAUGUCAUGUUUACUUCCUUACCAGAGAAACCUAUAGCACCAACUGUGACUAAACCAAGUCCAACAAAAGCAGGUAGGAAAUCAGCACAAGCCAGCAUGGUUAAUAAUGCAUCCUCUCAUGAAGAUCCAGCCAUCUUAAGGAGAAAAAAACCUGGCGAAUCUGAAGAUAAGAAAAAGUUACGAUGUCAGUACUGCGACAAAGCAUUCGCUAAAAACUUUGAUUUACAACAACACAUUAGAGCUCACACAGGAGAGAAACCAUUUCAGUGUAUUGUGUGUGGACGUGCCUUUGCUCAGAAAUCUAAUGUAAAAAAACACAUGUCAACACACAAGGUAUGGCCAACAGGUGCUGGUUCCACCUUACCUCAGCAAUCACCAACUCAGGUACAACAGAUAGAGGUUCCAGUAGAACCAACACCACCACCACCAACCUCCGAGGUAGAACCAGAAGAAGACCAUCACACUGUCCAGGGAGAAGGAGACAAAAAGAAACUUUUGGUGAUAGAUAAUUCAUAUAUUUGCCAGUAUUGUAAUGAGAAGUUCAAAUCAUACUUCCAGUUAAAAACACACAUGAUUAAACAUAAAAGUGAACAGGUGUACAAAUGUGUACAGAAAGAUUGCAGUCUCAGCUUUAAAGAUUUAGAUGCCUUUCUACAGCAUGUUAAAUCACAUGAGAAUGAACUACAGUAUAGAUGUCACAUGUGUAAUAAAUUCUUCUCAUCACUUUAUGAACUCGGUGUACACCAGUACACGCACAGUUUAUAUCCCAAUCAUCCAGUUAAACCUGGUCCAAGACAUUUCCAGUGUACCAAGUGCAUGAACAAAUAUUCUUCACCUGAGGCAUUAGAACAUCACAUGGCUACUUCCUCACACUCUCAUCCCUGUCCUUAUUGUGAAAAAGUUUUUACUUGUGAGAGAUAUCUCAGGCGUCAUUUACCAUCUCAUGGAUCUGAAGGUCAGUUCCAGUGUAAUAUCUGUCAGAAGAGGUUUAAAGCAGAACAUUACCUUAAAAUGCAUCUGAUGAUACACAGUGGAGAGAAACCAUUUUCUUGUCAGCAGUGUGGAGCUUCAUUCAACAGGAAAGACAAACUCAAACGUCACAUGACUAUACAUGACACUGCUAAAAGGUUUAAAUGCCCAUUCAAAAGUUAUACAGGUUGUGAUAAAGAGUUCAAUAGACCUGACAAGUUAAAGGCCCACAUCAUCACACAUAGUGGUGUUAGACCUUUUGAAUGUAAAGACUGUGGAAAAACAUUUAGUCGUAGACCACAUCUAAGGGAGCAUGAACGUGGACAUGCAGCAGAUUACAAAUUUAAGUGUGAGUCCUGUGGUAAGGGAUUCUGGAGACCGAAGACAUUCAAAGAUCAUAAAUGUCAACCAUUAAAACCUGGUCAGACACGUGUAUAUGUAUAUAGACAUAGAAACAGAAGGAAAGUUGGGAGGCCUAAGAAACGUAUGAUUACAGUCACUAAAGAUUCUUUAAAUAAGGCGUCAGAAAUAAAUACAAGAAAAAGAAGAAAUAGAACUGUAGUCAGUCAUGAUCAGAGUAGGGAAGAGGAAAUUCAAAGCACUGAAGCUGCUCAAGAACAGGAUCCAGCUGAAAUGCAGAAUACUCAAAGUCGAGGUCGAAUUAUCAUUCAACCACAUGAAGAAGAUUUCAGUAUAAAACCAGAACAAGAUUUUCAGCAGCAGAUGAAUCCACCUGAUAGAUUAAUGGAAGGUGACGUGUCUUCUGUGGAUAAACAGGAUUUCUGUGUCAAGGUCAUACCACCAGAAAAUUUGCUAAAUCAGCAAUAUGUAACAGUGCACAUACAGAAUCCCCAUGCUGGCCAAUCAGAAUUUCAGACACAUCUUUUACCAACAUCAACAGCACAAAUGUUAUCUUCAAAUGUAACUUCAAUGCCAAUAACAAUUAUAGAAACACAGCGAGGAACUAUGUUACCGGUACAUGUGGCAUCUGUUGAAGGAGCCACAGAUGGUGAUGCACUACCACUGCAGGUGACAGCAAUGAGUGGUAUGGGUGUGCAUGGAGCCAUGGUGUCUGGUGUAGGACCCUGUAUAUCUGUGGAAGAAUUGGUUCCAGUUCAAGUGACACUACAAGAUGAUAAUGAUGCUAUGGUGGAUAGUGGUAUAGUUGUUUCAUCUGCUGGUCAGCACCACCAACAGUCAUAUGUCAAUCAACUAGAAGAUUUUGUGGGUUCAGAAGGGGACCCUGUCCUUCAGGGGACAGAGAGUAUACUUAAAGCUCAUGCAGAAAUUCUCCAGUCUGUUCAUCAUUAAAAAAGCAAAUUAUUAUUAGGUCAUAUAUGAAUUAACUAUUUUGUUUCCAUUGGUAUGAAUAAAGAGAGAUGAAGGGUAAAAGAGACAUUUACCUAAGAGAACAUUAAAACCUAAAGACAACUAGAGGUCCACAAAUGCUUUAAUGAUAUAUUGAAUUUAUUUCAUCUGAUUGGCUAUGUUUUAAUUACUUAUUAGAUGAAUAGAUGAUGGGAUAUUUAAUUUAGAAUAAGGUUAACUAUGUGAUACUACUUAUUUAUUUAAAACAAAUUAAAAUGUUUUUGUAUGGAGGAAUUAUAGUAUUUACCUUAUACUUUUAACCAAUUCUACUAUAAUUAAUGAUAAUUUUGUGAAGGGAUAUUGUAAUACAGAAAAGCAUUGGUUUAAAUUCAGUGUGUCAUAUUUUGGCCCUUCCAACAUCCCAAAUGAAAUUAAUUGCAAUAAUUAUUACUGAAUGUAUUGCUUUAACAUAUGAAAUAAGCAAAAUUGACAUGCAAAUUGAUAAUAAUGAUAAACAGUUUAUGAAGGUAAGUCUUGAAUAUGCAUGAAACACUAUCCUAUUAGAAUAUAUAUUAUAUUCAUGUUUUAUAUGAAAUUUUCGAAACAUUUUCAUUAUUUCUUUAAAAGAGAAAUACCUUAGGAAGGACAUUAAUUAAUAGGAAAAAUUCAAUGCAUGCAAUCAAGCAUAUUAUUACCUUGUCUAUUUAGACUAUAUUGACUUUCAAAAGUGUUUAUUAAUUUUUUUUCAGCCAAUUUUGUCAAUAUAACGAAACUAUAAACAACUGUCAUUAUGUGAGUUUAAGCUAGCUAUAAAAUCAGUUGUUACACAGCAUUGUCAGAGCUGUUCAAAGUCAGGAAUAUGACAAUUGUUUCCCAUUUGUUCUGUUAGUUGAUAUUGUAGAACAUUUCAUUUUGUCUGAUUUUAUGGACUUCUUUUUUUAAUAUACCUUAGAGUUCAAUAUUGCAUGAUAUCAGAAAAUAAAAUUCCUUUGAAAGUGCUGGGACUUUUCUUAUUGGUCUUAAACAUUUCUUAAUUUUGUGGAAGACGUUUACCAAGGAUAUUCACGAAACAUGGUAUCCAACAAAUAAUAAUGAAUCCACAAUAUGAAACUUUUUUUUGGUGUUUAAAAACUUUUGUCAGAUAUUUUGACAUAGCAUGCAGAUGAGUGUAUUUGUUAGUUUACAUUUUGUUGAAUAUUUUUUGACAUUUCUGUUGAUAUCAGAGUGUAACAUUAGAGUUAUUUGUUUGUUGGUAAAUCAGUAUAAGUUCAAAGUUGAAAUGUUACAAUAUUUGUUGAAUGGCAUAAACUGCUGACCUGAUAAGUUUGAACAUUAUAGCUUUUCAGGAAAGCCAAACAAUUUCCAUUAAAUUUGAAAUGUUCAAUCUAAAUGCUUAUCAGCUUAUAUAAAUAAGUUGUACUUGUAAGUCUCAAAAUUAAACAUAAGAAAUAAUAUGUUCAUAUCAGAAUAGCAUUAAACAAGUUGAAGCUUUACCCUCACUGUGCUGUCUUCAUUUGUGGAUGGUUGGAACAAAAUCAAACAAAAUCAACUUGCUUUGUACUGUUGAUUUUAAUAAGAUUAAAAAGUUUUCAAUGCCUGUUAUAAUUUACAGAAACUAGUUGUUAAAAUAUUGUAAUGGAUUUUGAUAUACCAAUUAAAUGAAAGAAAUUUACAAAUUUUA